AUGUCAAAACUGUCUUACGAUGAGUUGGAGGCCUACACAUGUGGCUACUAUAGCUACGAACCAGCACCAGACAGAAAACAUGUCCUGUCAACCUCUCCAGACGGCCAGUUCACCGAGGACAGGAGACCCUCUGUGCCCAAACUAUGGCUAGCGCCGUACAAAUCACGGUUUCGAGAACGAUUCACGCCAUGCUCGAGCGAAGACGAAGCCGACUAUGAGACUUCACCAGAAGACGCCGAAUCAGAAUACGAAGACUGCCUUCCAGUACCACCCAAGAGCGAGCUGCGAAACAAUGGCCUAGGAAUUCCUCACAACAAGAACCGCGAAGUGCGAAUCAUUGAUAGUAUCCUUCAUGGUGGCGACGAGGAAGUCGAUGGCGUUGAUGUUAACAUUGACCUUUCCCUGAUCGACGGCUCUUGUGGAAUGGUUGGAUCACGUCGCCCCGCCGGACUACCACCAGUGCCCCCGAAGAGCCCGAAACGACAGUCGUUGGUGAUGGAGAAGGAUGUCAGGAUAAGGCAAGACUCAAGCCUUGACCCCAGCUAUGACUCCGACUUUGAUCCCAGCUUGAUGGUGGCUCCCCUGAACAUAGUCAAGAAACGAAGCAACAACGAGUCCAGCAGCGAGACACUGGUCUCUAGCUCCACUGUCGAUGUCGCUCGCUCAUCUCCAAAGUCCGUUACACCACCAGAGCACAGCGACUCCAGCCCAAGCCAUACUACCGAACUACCCAAAGAACCUACCUGCUCUUCCAGACGUGUGGGCCCCGCGAGAUUACGUGGCCAUUUCGCGGCUUUCUCGUUCGAAGAAGACGAUGCAGACGACGAAGGCUGUAUGAAUUUUGGGCGCAGACAAUUCGCCAAUGGUCUCUAUGCCGACGCAGAGAGGCGCCGCGCUAGCGGUGACCGACAUUUCCAGCUCAACCAGAAGUCCCGAGUUAAGUCGACUGCGCAGCAGGACUCCGAUGGCAACUUCGAGACGUCGCGAGCAUUACAGCAGGGUAAGCAGAGUCUAGACGACAAGUACUUGAUGGAUCUGAUGCAAGUACACCCAGCUGUCAGGAUGGAGGCUUUCAAGAGGAACUUGCAUGUACUGCGAGAUGGCCCACUCGCAGCUCAAUCGGAAAGAAGGAGAUCGGGGUAUCGGUUUGAGAGUCUUGAUGGUCUCGUGGCUGGGAAAGAUGAUGGUCGACAGGAGAGAAUGGUUCUCGAAUAG